UGAGAACUCAUUAGAUACAUAUCAAUAGACAAUAAUGCAAGCAACUUUAAGGAGCUCACCAAUAAUUGUGUAGCUCAGCUUCGUCUUUCUCAAAUGGCUGAAGAUCUUCACCAUCUCAAUUCUCAAGAUCAUGAUCUCCAAGUUGAUCAACUUCUUCAUUCUCUUCCUAAAGCACAAGGAUGGAUGGCUGCUGGUUUAACUCUAUACCAACAUUUUUGGUGCCCCUCAAAAGUUCUUGGAAAUGUAAUCUCUUUUCAAGCAAAUUUUCAGGCUCAAGAGCAAGACAUUUUACUUGCUUCCAUGCCCAAAUCUGGAACAACUUGGCUCAAAUCUUUAAUCUUUUCCAUUGUUAAUCGAACGCGAUUUUCUUUUUCGAACACUCCUUUACUCACUAUAACCCCUCAUGAGCUUGUGCCCUUUUUAGAGUUCACUCUAUUUGCUAAUAAGGAUCUUCAUAAUGAUCUUUCUAUUAUUCCUUCUCCUAGACUUUUCGCUACGCAUAUUCCGUAUCCAGCUUUACCUGAAACGAUUCAGCACUCGAGUAAUUGUCGUAUUGUUUACAUUUGUCGUAACCCUCUUGAUACUGUAGUUUCCUCUUGGCAUUUUUUCUCUGAAACAAUGGCUCAAGCUAAGGCUACUACUAAUCAAUUGUCCAUUGAUGAAUUUUUCGACCUUUCUUUCAAGGGUUUUGUCGGGUUCGGACCUUUUUGGGAUCAUGUGCUUGGCUACUGGAAGGCGAGUUUGGAGAAACCCGAAAAAGUGUUGUUUUUGAAGUAUGAGGAUUUGAAAGAGGACAUAGUCUCUCACUUGAAGAGGUUGGCUGAGUUUAUAGGGCACCCGUUUUCGCCGGACGAAGAGAGACAAGGGAUGAUUGAGGAGAUAGCUAAACUGUGUAGUUUAAGCAGUCUGAAAGAGUUGGAAGUGAAUAAAAAUGGUAAGUUCAUGCCAAGUUUUCAAAACAAGGCCUAUUUUAGAAAAGGUGAGGUGGGUGACUGGAAAAAUUAUCUUACUCCUGAGAAAAAGAAACACUUUGAAAGUGUUAUGAUUGAAAAGCUAGGUGAUUCUGGUCUCUCAUUCAAACUUUGUAAUUAAUUUUGCUGGCUCUACAUGAAGAAGCAGAAAAAUAAAGAUCCGAGGCAUAUGCAUUCAAACUUUUAAAGAUUCGUUAUGAAUAAUGGGUUCUUAGGUGAAAUCCAAUUUGAGAUUGUUUUGAAGUUUGGAAUACAUUUUAUUGACAUUUGAGAUC